AUGUGUGAAGACGCAACUGUGCUAAAGAAGACUUUUGCCCUUACGGCUCAACGCCGGAAAGGAACAAUUGUGAUCCUAGAUGUGCAAGCAAAAAUCAGGAGAAUUCCGGCAAAAAUCAUCUCCGACACCGAAGACAAAGUGGAGAUCACCACAGACCCCCGCUAUCUACCGGGCAUCGAGCAAUCGGUAGGGUUUGUGAUUGAGCAAAUCAAAGAAGAGGCCGAUGGCAAUGAAGACGAACGGGGAGAGGCGGCGGUUGACGACGGGCCUGUCCAACAACCGGAAGACGUUACAGAAGCCGAAGAUGAUCAGGAAGAAGAAGAGGCCAAAGAAAACGUCGCGACAGAACAACAUGCCGAGCAGACCAACCACCAGACCCUCAUCAUCGACCUCACACUCAGCGACAGCGAGGACGACGAGGACGACGAGGAUGACGAGGACGACGAGGACGACAAAGACAGCAUACGCAGCGACACCACGGAGGUAAACCCAGACAUCCCCAGUGCAGUCCCGUUAGCCGCUCCGCCUAUAAAUCAUCCGACACCACAACCGCCGACAGUACAACCAGAUUCAGCCCAGCAGGAGAGGAUCCCAUCACCAUCCCCUCCGUGUUUUCAUCCACCCCAACAUUUCCAAAAUAUGUACGCCCCACCCAUUAUGUUGCGGAGUGAAGGGGAAUACUAUGCCCAGCGGGAGGUACUGAUCCAGCAGUACCUGAGAGACAGCUUGGAUUUGUACUACAAGUAUGAAUUCCAGGCCCUCAAACUGAAAAGGGCUCGGGAUGUACUCACCAACCGUAAGUACUAA